CCUCCACCUUGUUUGAGUGCAAUGUACAAACCUCCACCUUGUUUGAGUGUAAUGUACAAACCUCCACCUUGUUUGAGUGCAAUAUUCAAACCUCCACCUUGUUUGAGUGUAAUGUACAAACCUCCACCUUGUUUGAGUGUAAUAUACAAACCUCCACCUUGUUUGAGUGUAAUAUUCAAACCUCCACCUUGUUUGAGUGUAAUGUACAAACCUCCACCUUGUUUGAGUGUAAUAUACAAACCUCCACCUUGUUUGAGUGUAAUGUACAAACCUCCAUCUUGUUUGAGUGUAAUGUACAAACCUCCAUCUUGUUUGAGUGUAAUGUACAAACCUCCACCUUGUUUGAGUGUAAUGUACAAACCUCCAUCUUGUUUGAGUGUAAUAUGCAAACCUCCAUCUGUUUGA